ACACUGCCGUCGCAUUUAAUUUGGAUCACAACACUUGUCAGAACUUUGCGGACAUUUUCGAAAAUUGAAUUUACUUUCUAAAAAAAAAAAGUGUUGUACUUAAUAAAUAAUUUAAAAUGGAUGAUAUAGUCAAGUCAGACACACAUCUGCUGAAGAAGCCUUUAUCGGUUGCCGAAUUGAUUGGAAAUGGUGCCCAAUUUGAAGUGGAUACCUCUGCUAUUAAUAAUGCAUUUUAUGAAGAUUUUGCUUCCGAUGAUAAUGAUGAUGUGGAGAAUAGUGAAGUGGAUAAUGAGACACUUCAAUCACCCUGGACAAAAUCAUUCGACGAACUGCGCCAGUUAAUGACUCCAAUCAGUGAGCACAUAUUCAAGCGCAUAACACGCGAGGGCAUCAAGGAACAGGGCAUGGUGCCGGAGAAGGCUCGUGUCGCUUUGCGCUACAGUGCGUACUGGGAGGGCGAGUGUGCUCCGUUCGAUUCUUCCAUGCUGCGCGGCACCAAAUUCGAGUUUGAAACUGGUCGCAAUAUUGUACUCGAAGGACUUGAGGCAGCAGUGCGCAGCAUGCAUCCUUAUGAGCAGGCCGAGUUCAUAAUAUCGUACAAAUUGCUCUUCCAUGAAUUGGGUUGCCCACCGCGCAUUAAACCGCGAGCCGACGGCUUGUUUAAAAUCGAAGUGAUUAGCUUUAUGUUGAUUGGCGAUCAGCAAUCGCUGGAAUCGAUUGCUCCUGAGGAUCGCUGCAAAUUCUCGAUCGUGUAUCCCAAAGCAAGGGAUAUGCACUUGCAUGGCAAGGAUUGCGUCAAGCGUGGCUCAUAUCAUUCUGGUAUCACUGCCUUUGAGAACGCUAUUUCAUCGCUCAACUAUUGCCGUCUCGCCGAUGAAAAGGAUGAGCAACAGCAGAGAGAACUGCUCAUAACACUCAACACCAACUUAAUGGUUUGCUAUAACAAGCUAAAUAUUCCAAAGAGAGCGUGCAUCGCCAUGAAGGCGUUGCGCCACCUCACACAAAAUCAACCUUCUUGCAAAGCCCUCUUUCAGGAGGGUCGCGCACUUGUCGCCUUGGGGGAAUACAAGCGGGCACGUCUGGUUUUUGUGCAAGCGCAGGAAAAGCAACCAAACAACAAGGAGAUCAGCGAUGAAAUUAUAAAAGUGGAUGAACGUGUGAGCAAAUACAAACAGUCUGUGCGCGAGAUGUGGUCGCGUGCGCUUUCCGUUCAACAGCAGGAGGAGCCAAAGGAGUCUAACCUGGAUGUAGGAAAUACAUUACGCGAGCAACAGUUUAAGCGUGAUUUUCUAUCGCAGCUGGAGAAGUUUGAGAAAUCUCCGCAGCAAUCGAUUCACAUUAGCCGCAAAAUGUACACGGACGAGGAGUUCGAUGUGCUACGUCUGCUGGCCGUGCAACGCAACUUUAAAUUGAGCUUGUCGCCACUAGAUGUCGAUCAGCUAACUCUUGCGAAGCUGCAAAUCAAGUAGAUUUAAAAAUGAUUCAAGAUUUGUUUCCAAAGAUUACAACAUUUACGUUGUAACCAUGUGACCAU